AGUGAUUGUACGCUUCAAGGCCGUCGGAAAUGCGCCCAUCAUGAAGCAGAACUUCUUCAAAAUCACGUCGUCGAAUAGGUUCCAGGCUGUUAUACAGUUUCUAAGGAAGGAACUUGCGUGGAAGGCGGGAGAGCCGUUGCAUACGUAUAUCAACCUGGCGUUCUCCCCAGCACCAGACGAUACUGUCUCCAAUCUGUUCAAGUCGUUUGCUACUGACGGACACCUGAUUGUUAACUAUAGCACUACAGCAGCAUGGGGCUGACCCA